AUGGCUUCUAUGGACUCUAGUUCGCUGCUGGUAUCAGCUGCUGUACCGGCAUUCAAAUGUCCCGCAGGGACAAAGAUGCAUAUCCUCAAUCUAGGAACUCUCCAAGCCGAUGAAUCAUGGUUUGUAGAACAGUACCAAGCUCGCAGGAUCUGGCUAACUACCAUAUCUAGGAUAUUGCGGGGUGCCAAUACCAGCAAACUGAGUGAUCUCAACCCGACGAACAAGCGUCGGGAUCUAGUCCUCCUCUCGGCUCUCAUCGAGUACCCGGGAGUGGGACUCAUUCUCUAUGAGACCGGGUGUGCUGAAGAUCUAGAAGUGCAAUGGCCUGCGCCUAUAACAGAUGUCUUUCCCCGAGUUGAAUAUUCCGACAACCACAGACUUCCCAAUGCCAUCAAGGCCACUGGAAACGACAUCAAGGAUGUCAAAGCUGUCAUCAUUGGUCAUUUGCACCUCGACCAUGCCGGAGGUCUCGAACAUUUCAUAGACACAGAUGUCCCCAUCUACGUGCACGAGGAAGAGUUCAAGCACGCAUGCUGGGCAAUCGCCACCGGCGCAGACCUGGGCGUCUACCUGGGUCAUUAUAUGCUCCUAGAAAAGCUCAAGUGGAACACUUUCAACGAGUCGCAGCUGGAUCUGUUCCAGGGCAUCAUCCUCUACCACAGUCCGGGUCAUACACCGGGGUUGUGUAUUAUGCAAGUUAAUCUUGCUAACGAUGGUCCGUUUAUUUGGACGACGGAUCAGUUUCAUGUGGCGGAGAACUAUGAGCUGGGACAUCCGCAUGGAGGACUGGCCAGAGACCAUACUGCGUGGUAUCGUAGUCUGAACAUGAUUCGCAGACUUCAGCGGCUGUACAAUGCUCGCUUGAUCUUUGGUCAUGAUAAAGAUGUUGCGACCAAGUUGAUUGAAGAAAAGCCAUACUAUGAGUGA